CCCAUGUGCUGAAAACACCGUGUGAAUGCGAGUUGACCGCUACUGAUGUCCUGGGCUGUAGCUGGCUAGCUGUGUCCCUUGAAAGUUGAAGGUGGCGUGAAGGACGAAUAGCGUGGACGGAAGACAGGGCUCGUACCGUGGUGUGGAUGCGCUCAGGAAAGCGCGGGAGACGUCGUUGCAACAUCGCCGAUCGUUGGGCUGGUGCGUGGCGAACCCCUGACCGCGUUCCCUUCGACUUUGCCCUGUCUUCGGAGUAGCCCUCACACCUCCAUGCCAUACACACGGCAUACGGUCUUACUUGGCAGAAGUGAGUUUGGUGUGGAGAUUUUGAUCACGUACGAUUCACACCUACGAAAAAGUCUCUGGUCUGUCACCUCCCCCCACGUUUUGUGAGAUCAGCGUCCCUGAACACCAGCACUAGGGACUCGAUAGGGUGCAUCCAAGCUCGUUGACAUUUGGCCACAAAGGAACACGGGCUUGUGCAUCGUUUGGUCGUUUUGCUCGCGAGCAGAGGCAACUUGUAUUCUGCCUCCUUGUCCAGGCAAAGUGUGAUCUUCGUUCAGCGUGGAAAGCUGGUUGGCGUUAUUCCAGUUCAGACAUCGUUUGUCCUCGUCGGACUGACGCUGACUCCGAGGCUGAGUGAUCACUCCAUCAGUGUGCGCGCUUGUAUAUUCAGGUUGUUGUUCGCUCGUACAGUCCUGGCCACCCGGCACACUGACCGGCAUUGCUGUCACACAGUCAGUGAGUUGUGUGAGCUACAGAGCUGCAGCACAUAACCGAUAAACGCGCAUUGUCUCUACGCCGUUGUUCUCUGUACUACGCGCACUGCAAUUCGUCGUGGAGAGAGCCCCAACGCCAACGGCCUCGUGCCUCGCUAGCUGCUUGUUAGAGCAGACGAUCAGCGAUAUCCGCCGAAGAGAAUUUCCUACGCAGAGCUGUCUGUCACAUUCUCUGUUUCUCAGCAUAUUUGCGUAGCACCAUCAUCUGCAGGAAGAACAAUAGCCACCGGCCUGCAAGAGCGAACUCUGUUGGAGAGAGACGUUGGGAUCGAGAGCGCGCUAGGUCACCCUAUGCUAUUGUUGUCAAUCGCUUUUCGGAGCAUUGGCCGAAUCCACAGAACGGACGUUGCAGUGAAGUACGGAGCAGUUGCGUUCUCCUUACCUUAGCUCGCACUCUGACUUCUGCUGAUCUGAGUCUCAGUCGUUCACUUUGUGGUUACUCAACACUGUGGUGAAUGAGCGAGGCGGCAGCUUACACUCUGAAGCAGUGGGAAUCGAAGCCAUUGUGUGACUCUUGGAACAAUGUGCUCGGCCUAACUCUGCGUGUUUGUAUCUGACAGGCAGGUGGACGUGUUACAAUACCCAACUCGAACUCAAGUACCUGCAAUACUAGUACUAGUAGUAGCAGAGUUCUAACAUAUUUCCAUGUGACGACGGCAGUAUCGUCAACCUUGGAUUUGUGGAAGAGCGGAAGUCAUUUCCUGUUCCGUUUUGUCGCUGGUUGUCGUCCCCAGACCCAGUCACGUGUGCUGGUUCGUGACCCCAAACAGUGGGCAAAGGCCGAAGUUCAGUUGACGUCUUGUUCCGUGCGAAACGUAAACAGUGACGGAACGUUGCCCGCCCGCUUGUACAGGGCAUUGGAAGCGCGCGCGCCCCUGUCGUCGCCUUGGCUAGGCAGCCGACGCUGAACUGAUGGCGAAAUGCCGCGCGGAGCGCUGCGCUUCGGUGUCGGUGUUCGAGGAGUGGAUCGACAACGGCGACGUGGAGAUCUCCCCGUGGCUCAGCGCAACAUUGCCUCGUUCUGGGGUGAGUGCGGGCGGACCUGGUGUGAAACGAUACCUCUCCUCUCGAGCUAGCAUCGCGGGCAGCGGCAGAUGGGAAGGAAAGCACACCAGUAGCUCAAGAGGUUCUUCCACGGCCGCAAUGGACACGUUGUCCAUCCUUCGUUCCAGCAGCGCACAGCCGUCGUGCGUUCGCACAGGUAGCGCGCACAGCGGUGGAACGAACUCUAGCGCCGACGAAGAUCGGCUGGUGCUGCACGAGAGCAGUAGCGAGGAGAAGAUCGAGGCUAUGUACGAGGAACUGGAGAUCGCUAGGAAGCAGCUAAACGUGGCAGGUACGUGUGGCAGUGCGCUAGUGGAAGAGGUGCGCCUCCUGAAAGAGCAGAACGAGCAGCUGAUCAAGGACAAGAGUCAGCUGCAACUGGACUUGGAGAACGAGACGAAACGCUAUCAACAGAAUCUGAAACAGGCACGCUACGACAUGGAGGCCAGCUCGCAGCUGAUGGAGUCAGAUCUUUCCGAUUCACAGUCCACGGUAUUGUGUCUUCGCGAGGAACUCAGGUUGGCUCGCGAAGACGCGGCGACACACGGUGAUGCCAUGCGGCAGAUGAACGAGAAAGUCGAAGAGAUGGAGGCUGAGAUCAACGCCAACCAGUCUCCCUCGGUGAAUGGCAACAGUCCAGUGAGGCGUAACCGUCUGCGCACGGUGAGACGUCGCAGUUUCCGCUACGCCGGCGCUCGCCGAGUACCCAGCAACAGCAGCCAGCAGUCGGACGGCGUCGACACGGCAUCGGUGACGACAGUGACCUGUGAGAUCGGGAUUCAAACGGAAAGAAAUGAUGAACUUGUGUGCAAGGAGGCGCAAUGUCCGCACGUCGAGCGCCUCAAGACAAAGCAUCGUAUUCUCAUCGACGAUCUGCGCGAAGAGCUGACGCAGACGAACGACUACGCAAUGCGACGACGCAAGCAAGUUUGUGAUUUGCAGGAUGAGCUGCACAUCUGCCAGGGCCAGCUGCAGGAGUUCAUGAAUGAGAACACGCACCUGCGCGAGGAGCUGGAGGACCGUGUCGCCCAGCUGCAGAUCUACGGUGCGCUGACGCCGAAGACACCCGGCAUGUCACUGCAGAGUGAGAUGGACACAUUCAGGUAUCCGAUAUCGAUGGUCAAGACCAUUCCCAUGUCCCCGGCCCGUCACGCAGCCGCAGAGCAGACUCUCUCCACGGUCAGUGAGGUGGAGAGCAUUCCUGAGGAGGUGCUGCCGGCUCGUAGCCCUGGUGAUGGCGCAUGCAUCGUGCAGUGUGCCGAUCUCCACAGCAUCCGCGAGAGUGUCAAGGAAAUAGCCCAGCUUCGUGACGAAGUUCAGGUAGCUAUAAACAAACUCAACACCAUCUUCUUAGAACAUCAUCAGCAGGACAGAGAUCCACUCCAGCCGACCACCAACAACAUUCUCUUUGAUCCGAAGCAGCCGCUGAAGACCACAGUGUCCUUACCGAUCAGCAUGAGGCUGUCACGCCGUUCCUCCAAGUCCAGCCUGCGCACCAGCAGCAACUGCAGCGUCACCAGCACCAGCGGCGGCGGGGGACACGAGCUAGCAACCAGCGCAGCCGUUGCUAACGGCGGCGGCGGAAUGUCGUCGUCGACGGCGAUGAAGGACGGCGACAACGAUGAACAGUGUAAGCAGGUAUAUGACAUGGAGAUCUUGCACCUGAGGGAGACGAUCCGUGAGCUGCUGGCCACCGCCGAGGUCAACGCCAAGAUCACCAAGAACUCCAUGCCGGCGACUACUGCCGAGCCGACGGUUCGAAGCAAAGCGGCACGUCGCCCGCUGCAGAAGUCCUGCAGCAUGGACGACGCCAACAUGCGGGGCAUCGCGAUGCCCGUUCAGCUGGAGAAGCUCGCCAAACUCCAGCAGUCUCAGCAUGGCUCGCCGCCGCCGUCGCCACGGAUACAGGACAAGGAGGCGCAGGAGUGGGCCAAGCUGAAAGAGCAGCAGGCGCGCUCUCGUUUCAUCCUGCACAAGGCCUGGUCGCAGAUGAACUGUCGCUCCAACAGUGUCAGCAGCACCACUAGCAGCGGCAGCACUAGCAGGAGACGGGAGACUCUUAUUCCGGCGCAGCGCUCCGUGUCCAACCAGGACCCGACGUGUUCGUCCACGCAGGUCGAUGACAAGGUGCCGCUCUCCAUCUUCAAGUACAGGCUCAAUUCUCUGCAGUCUGAGCUGCAUGAAUCACGCUCAGAAGUGGACACCCUGGAGGAGCAGCUCCUGGAGGCCGUCAGGCAGAAGAUGCACAUGCAGGAGUUGCUGGACGAUUGGCAGAGUGAUAUGGAGAAGGUUGUCUGCGAUCGCGUAAACGCGCAGGCCACCAGGGACGCGAUGAACAGAAAAAAGACGAGCAAAAGCAACUCGCGGAAUUCCACCCCGGACUCGUCGCCCAAAAAGCGGCGUCUCUCUCUCGCUCACCUCCUCUCACCGGCACGCAAUAGCCAGCUGAAAGCCGAGCAGGCCCGACGACAGCCGCUGCGACCCGCCAGGGCCUUCGACCAGCCCGAGAACUUCCGCUCCACCGACUUCUGGGCGCUUAGCGGCGGCGAUGCGCAAAAACCCGACGCCAGACCCGCUCUGCGUGCUUCUCAGCACCGCCGCUCCCCAUCGCCCGUGACGUGUGACUCGCCAGUGCUUCGUCGAAAGAGGUCCGGCUCGAGCAGCACGCAGACGAGCAUCGCGCGCCCGCCCUCGUUUGUCGACCCCACCUCGCCACAGUCGGGCACACCACCGCCGCCGCUGUCGGCCUCUCGUCGCAAGUCCAGCGGAAACGCGUUCACCCUGCCCAAGUUCUCUGACUUUCGGCAUGUCAAACGGUGAGCGUCGCGAGCGCAUGGAAUGUACAGUGAAACCUGCCUUAGCCUACCAUCACUCAAGGGACCUUCAAAAUGUGGUCCCCGUGUACAGGUGGUCUCCUUAUCCAAGGUCAUUGGACCACAUCUCUUGGUCCUGGUUGUGGUGGUCCUCUGGGACAGGUGGUCGCCUUAUCAGAGUGGUUGCCUUGACAGUUUUUACUGCACAUGUACAUGUACGCAUAUCGAUACCUGAAACCUGGAACGCACGUCGUCGUAGCAACGACGGCGAUGGCUUCCUCACAACGAGGCUGUGGACCCACCACCUGCAAUACGGUGCAUGCCGUUUGAGAUUGCCAGGACGACGGAACACUUGACAACGGCGGAGGUUUGGUAUCGGUACACACGCAUACAUACACACACACAUGCACACACAUACACACACACACACACACACGCGCGCGCGCGCACACACACACACACACACACACACACACACACACACACAGAGUCAAUUACCUACCCGAUGUUUCCGACUGGCUACGGUGGAGCCCUGCACUGAGCCAAUAUUUAUUAUGGCACGUCUUCUGCUCUCGUAGUCACCUUACAGCACACUGCAUGCUUUGUGUAUACGUAUCGUCUAUGCUGCAGAACCGCUCCCUGUGCUUUGAAGUAGGUGGUUGUGAACACAUUGGAUAGUGCGUAUGUUCAGCGUAAACACAAACUGACUGAGCUUGUAGGACAUAAUGCAGAGGUCUUUCUGUAUCAGAGCAAAAGAUCCUUUACUUUCUAUCGGAUUUACAAGUAAUAUUAUUUGACGGAUCCAGUGAAUCAAGUUCAAGAAAUUUGGCAUGCCAGAGCGAUGAUUCUUUAUAAAUUACUUCGAUCUGUCUCCGACUCUCCGCACCGGUGAGAUGUAGCUAACAUACUGGUAUGUUACACCGACGCUUGCCCGUGAUUUUACGCAGCUCAAGUUCAUUUUUAUGCAAAAUGCCUGGACGGUCUUCUAUAGAAGGCUGCCCUGAAAGUACAUGCAACUAAGUAACUGUUAACAGGUUAACUCAAUUGUGGAGAAGAGUAUUUUGCAGAUAAUUAUUAUGUUCAUGAUAUUUGUACAUUCAGAUUUUCUAUUGAAAUUUCUCUCGUGUUUUCCUUUUCAACUCCUUCUUAUACUUAUGGCUAUUCUCUGUUGACUUCCGAUUUCUGCAAUGAGUUUCCAAUGUCUUCACAUCGCUGAACCAGAAAGUAAUAUCUU